AUGAGCGAAUUUCAAAUAGUCGCCAUCAUGCUUUUCCUUGCCAUUCUCAUACUCAUCAUCGUCAUGACCGUUUGUAGAUUUAUCGGAUUAUGGACGUGGACGACAACGUGGAUAUUUUCAUCGAAAGAAGAAAAAUUAAAUUUGACGAGGAGCAAAGGUUACUACAACGCUAAUGGAUACUUUGUUCCAUCGGAUUCCAUGGGUGAUAUUAAUCUUUGCUACAGCGGAAGUUUCAAAAGAUUCGAUCCCGUCGAUCACGAUUAUAAAAUAGCCAUGACGACAUUUUCACCUCCACAACAACAGCAAACGGAAUCCCUCAUGAUGAAUUAUCCACAAGAAAUUUCAUUGCCCUACAGCACGAUACAAUCAAACGAUAUAUCAGAUUUUACUAAGCCUUCGUGCUUCAGCAACAGUUCCAAUCAAUCGUUAUAUCGUGUGAAUUCGACAACAGGAUUUAGUUCCUCUCAACCCGUACUUAUAUCACCGUCAUCAAGUUUUAUAUCGUCUUCCGUUAGUUUCGGUGGUUCGACGUCGGAAAAAAUACCACCCCAACCCCUCAGACCGGCUCCCGCACCACCACCGUCACCAACAAUAUUAGAAAAAAAAAAUACGGAAAUAAAUAAAGGAGAAGAAUCCGAGAAUGGGGUCGGUAGUAGUAGAACGUCAUCUACGGUGACACCACCUCCCAUACCGCCUAGGAGUAAGUUUAACGCUUUGUUCCGCCUUCGUUUGUUCGAAUUUAUAAACAAACGGAUCGAUAUUCCAGGUAAAAUUUCUAAACAAGACAAUCCACCGGUUAGAUUAAGGUCUCAGGCUUCGAUCGAGAGAGAGGAAGCAUUCAAACAAGUCCAAGGACUUCAACGUGCAAUCAGCUGCGAAUCUGUUAAUUCUGACACAUCGGUCGGUUUGGCCGAUUUGGAAGAACCACACGUGACAGGGUAUUUAUGCGUAGGAUUAGAUUACGAUAGCGAAUGUGCUGAUUUAUCAGUCAACGUUUUAGAAGCUAAAGAUUUAAUUGGACCAGAUCCCGAUAGUCAAACUCUAAUGGAUACAUACGUCAGAGUUAAUUUGCUCCCAGAUAAAACAGCUAACAUACAAACGAGGGUUUACAAAAGUUCAAACUCUCCAAGUUAUAAAGAAAAAUUUUUAUUUGCAUUAGAACCCCACGAAUUUUCAAAAAGGAGUUUGUCGUUUAACGUUUAUUCCACUGAUAAAAAUUCAAACACACUCAUAGGGGAAGGAGAUUUACGUUUAUCAGACAUAUCGUCGAAACAAGGCGUGACAACAUGGGUAACAUUGACAGAUACGGGACAGAAUCGUACAGAAUGGGGAGAACUUAUGCUGUCACUUAAUUAUCUGCCAACAGCCGAAAGACUGACCGUUGUAGUUGUCAAAGCUAGAAAUUUAGUCUUCCCUCGACAAAGAGAUUCAGGAGAUCCUUUUGUCAAGGUAUAUCUAUUAAAACAAGGUAAAAAAUUAUAUAAGAAAAAAACAUCCGUUAAAAAAGGAGAAAAAAGUCCGAUAUUUAACGAAGCUAUGAUAUUCAAUGUUUCACCCACGUCUUUACAAAACUUACAACUUAGAUUGACGGUUGCCGAAAAUAUUGGGGAACCAAAGGCGUAUCCAUUAGGUCAUGUCAUUUUAGGAUCUCAAGCAUCCGGAAAAGCUCUUUCACAUUGGAUACAAAUGCUUUCGAUGCUUCGUAAACCGACAGCAAUGUGGCAUCCUUUAAAAAAAUAA